GCUCCGCCGACGGCCCGGCCGGGCGUCAUGGGCGGCCUUUUCGGACGCGGGGCGCUGCGGGGGCUGCUGUGCGGCGCGAAGGCCCCUGGUCCUCGCCUGCUCGCGCGCCCCAGCUCGGGAGGGCCCUCCUGGACCCGGGAGCGGACCCUGGUCGCAGUGAAGCCAGAUGGGGUGCAGCGGCGGCUCGUUGGGGAUGUCAUCCGGCGCUUUGAGAGGAGGGGCUUCAAGCUGGUGGGGAUGAAGAUGCUGCAGGCACCAGAGAGUGUCCUUGCUGAGCACUACCAUGACCUUCGGAGGAAGCCGUUCUACCCAGCCCUCAUCAGCUACAUGCGCUCUGGCCCCGUGGUGGCCAUGGUCUGGGAGGGCCCCAAUGUGGUCUGCACCUCCAGAGCCAUGAUAGGACACACCGACUCAGCUGAGGCUUCGCCUGGCACCAUCCGGGGAGACUUCAGCAUCCACAUCAGCAGAAACGUCAUUCACGCCAGUGACUCCGUGGAGGGGGCCCAGAGGGAGAUCCAGCUGUGGUUCCAGAGCAGUGAGCUGGUGGACUGGGCAGAUGAAGGCCACCACAGCAGCAUCUACCCAGCUUGAGCACUCAGGCUGCCUUUGGCCACCUCAGCAUCCACCUAGCACGCACCAACUACCUCCGUGGACGAGAACUUGAGCCCAUGCCCAUGCUCUGCCCAUCUAUCCAGACCACCUCCCUGUCCACCUUCUGCCGACACCCACUCCUGCCAGUCCAGAGGGGUUGAGCCACCAACUUGAUGUGCCUUUUAGCAUCUGAAGCCAGCAAGAGAUUGGAGCAAAUCCUUUCUAUACCAAAGUGCCAGACAACCUUUGGGGUGUCUCCAAAAGGGGGUAGUGUGACUUCCCUUCCCCCAAAAGGGGGCAUUAAAAUUUACUGUGCUGUG